UUACCAAAUAAUCCAUUUAUAAUAGAUUAAUAAAAAGCUCCACGAUUUUGGCCUCUUUUUCCUAUGGUGGAAAACUCAGCAAAAAAAGCCUGAAAGAAAACAAAACAAAAGCUAAAAACCCAAAAUACAUACUCUCCAUCUCUCUUUUAUCUCUCGUUUAAGCCUCUGCUUUACUGCUUCACCUUCUCCAAAGGAGAGAGAGAAAGAGUGUGAGAGAGAGAGAGUGACUGCGGGGCACGUCGGCGCUUCGCUUUUAUCUCUCUUUUUCAACUUCCAUAUUCGUUGAUGGACUGAUUCUCUCUGUGUUGUGCUAUCCAUGGGUUUGUACAAAUUGGGAGGAACAAAUUGCGGAAAGUGAAGCGCAAUCGCACAUUCUGAUUUGGAGUGUAUGCAAUUCGAUUGUGCCCUAGAAUUCGAGUGAUAUUGGAUUGUUUUUGUGUUUGUCUGUCUCACUCUGGCGGACAUCAGAGGAACCCUAGCGUUCCUGCUGUCGCCGAUUCCCUCCGGCCGCUGCGAUUUCAAAUCUAGGAGGAGAAAGCAGAGAUUCUUUCAUACCGGCGCGAAAAUGCUGUGGAUAAUGAGGUUUUCCGGAUUCUUUUCGGCGGCGAUGGUGAUGAUUGUGCUAUCCCCCUCACUUCAGUCCUUCCCGCCGGCGGAGGCGAUUCGGUCCUCGCACGACGAUUCGGUGCUCAGAUUCUCCACGCCGACGCAUUCCGGCGACACAUUCUCCUUCCGCCGCUCGCCGGCGUUCCGCAAUGCCGGCGACUGCCGGUCUCCUAAGGUGGCGAAUUACAGCGUCUGCGAUCCGUCGCUUGUCCACGUCGCGAUCACUCUCGAUGUCGAGUAUCUGCGCGGCUCCGUCGCCGCCGUUCAUUCGGUUCUUCAGCAUGCCAAAUGCCCGGAGAGCGUGUUUUUCCAUUUCCUCGUGGCGGAAAUCGGUCUCGAAACACUCGUCCGAUCCACGUUCCCGGAGUUGAAGUUCAAGGUGUAUUACUUCGAUCCGGAAAGAGUGCGGGAUCUCAUCUCCAGCUCCGUCAGGCAAGCGCUCGAACAGCCGCUCAAUUACGCCCGAAAUUACCUAGCGGAUCUACUUGAGGCAUGCGUCUUGCGAGUGAUCUACCUGGAUUCGGAUCUCGUCGUCGUCGACGACAUCUCAAAGCUGUGGAGCACGAAAUUAGGGCGAAAAACGAUCGGCGCGCCGGAAUACUGCCACGCCAAUUUCACCAAAUACUUCACCGCGUAUUUCUGGUCGAACAAUCGCUUCUCCGGCGUGUUCUCUGGCCGCAAUCCGUGCUACUUCAACACCGGCGUGAUGGUGAUGGAUCUGGGAAAGUGGCGGCGGUUCGGCUACACGCGCCGCAUAGAGAGGUGGAUGGAGGUGCAGAAGACGAGCGCGAGUCGCAUUUACGAGCUCGGCUCCCUGCCGCCGUUCCUGCUGGUGUUCGCCGGCCACGUGGCGCCGAUCGAGCACAGGUGGAAUCAGCACGGAUUGGGCGGCGACAAUGUGCGCGGCAGCUGCAGGGACCUCCACCCCGGCCCAGUGAGCCUGCUGCACUGGAGCGGCAGCGGCAAGCCGUGGCUUCGGCUCGACUCGAAGCAGCCAUGUCCGCUCGACUCCUUGUGGGCACCGUACGAUCUAUACGGACACUCGACGUGAGGAAAUUUUUUUCGCCGCCGCCGCCAUUGUAACAGAGCUCUCUCUCCGCCGGAUUUUAUUCCUACAGAUGUGCGUAACAGUGCGUUCUAUCUGGCGAUGUUACAGUAGAACAUAAAUUCUUUGUUAUUAGUGUUGAAAAUGUUUACUGCGGUGAUUUUUUUUUUUUUGAGUUUUGGAGUGGAAAAAAGCUACUCCACUCCGAGAUUGCCUAGGAAAUACAGCUAUGUCUACAGAAAUAAAUUAUGGAGAAGCCUCGAUGUUGUCGGCCUACUUGCACUUUAGUUUUCUUGUUCCAUCUCUACUUCGUAGCUGUACUUAUUCUCCCAAUGUUAAUGUAUUAAUUUUAAUUUCA